CAUCACCCCUUAACCCACCACAUUUGGUUCUUCUCUGGCUGUUUCCGGCACUCCUUCAACAGAUCCCGUCCCGUCCCAUCCGCCCAUCCCUCGCCCUCGGGUCGCGACAGGAAACAACGGCCAUGGCUGCAGCAGACCCUGAGACCUCGGCCAAUGAGGCCCCACCUUCUACCUACAGCGGCGAGAAGAGCACCGCCAUCCUUUCAACCAGCAGAGGCGAGGAGAAUGAGCCUGUGCCUCGCCUUCACUUGAAGACGUAUCUAGCCGUCUUUACUGUCUGUCUGAUCUACUAUGCCCAACUGGUCAACCUCGUUGGCGCCGGAGCGCAAACCCAAACCAUCGCCUCUGCGCUUGGAGGAUCCGAUAAGUCGGUAUGGAUCAGCUCCCCGAUGGUCAUCAUGACUGUCGUGCUCGGCCCCAUCAUAUCCCAGGCCGCCGACUACUGGGGCCGGCGCAUCUUUCUGGUAGGGACGACAGCCCUGGGGGCCGUCGGCUCCAUCAUCGUGGCGAGGGCCGACUCCAUGGGCAUGGCCAUCGCCGGUUUUGCCAUCACGGGCGUCUCGUACGGAGCGCAGCCGCUCCUCCACGCCGUCUCAUCCGAGGUGCUGCCUCGACGGUACCGGUCGUGGGGCCAGGCUGCCGACCUCGUCUCGAGCGGGCUUGCCGGCGUCACGGCCCUGCUCGUCGGGGGCGCGAUGAACCGAGGCGGGAACCCCAGGUCGGAGAGCUUCCGCAACUUUUGGUAUAUGACCACGGGCAUCUUCACGCUCGCGACCAUCCUCACCGUGUUCUGUUAUAACCCGCCGGCGAGGGAGGAGCAGAAGUCGUUCGCGUUUAUGGAAAAGCUGAGGAAGCUGGACUGGAUCGGAUACGCCCUCCUCACGGCGGGCCUGGUCCUGUUCUGCAUCGGGCUUUCGUGGGCCGAUAACCCGUACCCGUGGUCUAACCCGCACACGUCGGCCACCUUCGCGGUGGGGAUGGCGCUGGUGGUGUGCCUGGCCGUCUACGAGGGCGUCAUCAAGAAGGACGGCAUGUUCCACCAUGGGCUCUUCCGCAACAGGAACUUCCCCAUCGCGCUGGCCUGCAUCUUCUGCGAGGGCGUCGCCUUCUUCGCCGCCAACCAGUACUUCGCCUUCCAGGUCGGCGUGCUCUACGAGACGGACAACCUCGUCGUCGGCAUCCGGUACAGCAUCCCGCUGAUCGUGUCCAUCUUCUCCGCCCUGACCGCCGGCUUGUACUGCGCCGUCACGAGGCGCGUCCGGUGGUUGACGGUCCUCGCCUUUGCGAUCUUCGCCGCCUUCUUCGCCGCCAUGGCCACUACGGGGCCCGACGACUCGACCAAGGUUUGGGGAUUCCCUAUCCUGCUGGGUACGGGGCUCGGCAUGUCGCUCUGCGCCCUCAUCACGGUGGCCCAGCUAUCCACACCGCCUGAGUUGAUUGCCAUUGCGAGCGGCCUUAUCAUCAGCAUCCGGUCGUUUGGCGGUGCCAUUGGCCUUGCAAUUUACAAUGCCUUGUUUGUCGCCAAGAUGAACCACCUCGGCGACAACAUCGCCGCCGCCGUCCUUCCCAUGGGUCUGAAUCCCGAGAACAUUGGCCCCUUCAUCGGUGCCCUGACGUCGCGCGACGACGCUGCCUUGUUCCAAAUCCCCGGCGUGUCGCCCCCGAUGGUAGAAGCGGCAGCCAAUGCGUUGCUCAAAACCUACUCGACUGCCUUCAGGAGCGUGUGGAUCGCGGCGAGCUGCUUUGUCGCCGUUGCCGCAAUUUUGGCUGUUUUCCUCAAGGACCCGAGACAUGAAUUCAACAUGCACAUCGACUUCCCCGUGGAAGAGAAGGAGAAACUCUAUUCCAAGGAGUAGGGGUUGCCAGGGGUUCGGGAACGCGUGGGCGAAAACGUGGUCUGAUUCUGCCCCUUUUCCGUGCAGGCUGCAGGCUGCAGGCGCCAUCCAGUU